GACCACUUAUAUAGAGAGAGACAAGAUUUGUUACAUGUAUAAUCAUUAUUACAAUUAUUCAAUAAAUUGAUUGGAUCUGUAGUUGUCUUUCUGAAUUAAUGGCAUUCAAAUUGAUAGGCAUAUUGUUAGUGGAAAUAAUAGCUUUUGCACCAUUUGUCUGGGGAGAAAAUAGUCUUGCAAUUAAAAGCAUUCAGAGUGAAGAUGGAGAUGUCAUUGACUGCAUUGACAUUUUCAAGCAGCCAGCUUUGUAUCAUCCUGCCUUGAAGAACCAUAAAAUCCAGAUGACACCAAGCUACAAUCCAGUAAUGGAGACUACAAAAACAAAUGACCAAGAAGAAUCAUACAAGUGUGUGACAACACAAACAUGGCAUAAAAAUGGAAGUUGUCCAAAAGGGACAAUUCCCAUUAGAAGAACACAAAAUAAUAAGAAGGAUCAAAUAAAGAAGCCUAGUUUCUUUCAUCAUGAUAAAGGGUUGAAGAUUAACAAGGACAUCAACCUUUCACAAAAGAACCACUCAUUGACUAUAAUGCAUACAGAAGGAUAUAGAUAUUCGGGAGCAAAAACAGACAUGAAAACCUGGAAUCCUCAUGUUGAAGAAGACGAUGAAUAUAGCACUUCUCGACUUGCUCUUAUGAGUGGAGCUUACUAUGAUUAUCAAGACAUUGAAUCUGGAUGGGCUGUAAAUCCAAGGGUUUAUGGUGAUAGGAAGACGCGAUUUUUCACUUAUUGGACUACUGAUGGAUCAAGAGAAACUGGAUGCUUUGACUUAACUUGCCCUGGUUUUGUACAAACAAGCCAUGAGAUAGCACUUGGUGCAGCUAUAUAUCCAAUCUCAACCCAAAAUGGUCUCCCAUAUUCAAUUACUGUUUACAUCUACAAGGAUAUUAAUACUAGCAACUGGUGGCUACAAUAUGGAGGAUCAAUCAACAUAGGAUAUUGGCCAUCAGAGAUCUUUGAUGGUGGCCUAAAAGUCCAUGCACAAACAGUUCAAUGGGGUGGUGAGGUUUAUAGCAAAAAUGUAGGAAAACAUCCUCACACAAAAACACAAAUGGGGAGUGGAGCUUUUCCAGUUUACAUAUUUGCAAAUACUGGAUUUAUGAAGAAUAUGAGAAUUCUUGAUAAUUCAAUGGAGUUGAAAUUUCCACAAAAUGUUGAUGCUUAUUCAGAGGAGUAUGAUUGUUAUAGACCUCAAUACAUGGGUGAUUAUGUUGAAGAACCUGAGUUUCACUUUGGAGGGCCAGGAAGGAAUCCAAUGUGUCCCUGAAAUUUUGAAAUAGGAUAGCAAAUAUACUUGAAUAUUAUGGGAUAUUGUUUAGUUUAUUUUUAAUCUUGAUUUUGCUUU